AUGCAUACGCCACUUGCGGGAUACUUGAGGCGCUGUACGGUGUACGGCGCAGGCAUCCAGGCCGCCACGAGAGGCGAGUAUGCCAAAGCGGAGGUGAUCUUCGCCCGCAUGCUGUCCGAGGACCCCUCCCUGGCGUCGGUGUGGUCCAAUUUAGGCAACGUACACAUGUCCCAGGGUCGCGCCAAGCAGGCAUUCGACGAUUACACUCGUGCCGUACAGCUAGCACCCGACGCGCCGGUGCCGUACCUCAACCGUGCCAUUGCGCUGGAGGAGCUCGGGUUGCAGUUGGCCCGGGAGGGGCAUGUGGAGGAGGCGGGGGCCAGGUGGCGAGAGGCGCUUGCGGAUUGCGACAGCGCCAUCUCCCGUGAUGUCCGGGAGUUCGCGGCCUGGUUCAACAAGGGCAAUGUGGAGCUGCGGCUAGAGGACUACGAGGCCGCCCUGGGCUGCUUCUCCACCGCGGCCGACCUGGCUCCCGGGAUAGCUGGAUACCGACUGCGGGCGGCCCAGCUGAUGUACCAGGUCGGCAACUCGGAGGGCGCGGUGCGGGCGGUGAAGGGGGUCAUCAGGAAGAACCCCAACUACGCAGAGGCGCACACCACGCUGGCGGCCAUGUUGUGGAGCCAGGGCCAGCUGGCGGCUGCAGAGGGGCAGCUGGAGGCGGCUCUCGAGCUAGGGGGCAGGUGGCGGGAUGAGGGCUGGCUGGCGGCCAACACGCGGUGGCCGCCAAAGCUGGAGGCGGCCAUGAAAAGGUUGCUGGACAUUGAGGCGGCGGGGGGGCCGGCGGCGGCGGGGGGAGCGGCGGGGGGGGCGAGCGUGCAGCUGCAGCCGCAGCCUCUGGCGUGA